AUGGUAUCCCUCAGGAAAGUAAGAUGUUUCCACUUACUGCUAAUAUUGGCUGUACUGGCUACUUCUCGGAGUCGGACUCAUUCAUCUGAUGGGCGAGGACGAAGUAAGCAAAACACCGAGGAGCUGGCACAGACUGGCGCAAGGGACUCGGGGCGGCGUUCCGUCCAAGAUAUUGAAGAGAACGAAAACCACAAAGAAACAUCUGGCGAAGAAACAAGGCAGAAAUCAAUCACGAGUCAUAGGAAGAACACUGACGAUGCUGCACUUAAUAUCAUGCAAAGGGAGGCCCCCCUGAUCAGGGACGUCGAGGCGAAGAUUCACGAAGGAAAGGAGGCGGAGCGCAACCUGACGGGUAUCCGCGACGCCAUCCGCCGGGAGAUGUCCGGAGUCGAUGGAACGGAUGGAGCGGCACAUCUAAGGCGCCUCCAGAUGACGAAGCGCCUCCGAGAGCUUGACCAGCGCAUCGCCGAACUGCACGCGAAGAAUCAAGAAGCCCAGCAGAGGUUCCGCGGCUUCGUCGGCGCCAUCGACGCCGGCGAUAUACGAGACGAAAACGAGGCGCGCUCCGCACUGGGCAGCAUCUACCACUUCUGCGGCACCGUGGUCGCGGGUGCCGUGCGAGCCUGCAGAGGGGUGUACAAAAACGUCGUGAGUUUUUUCACCGACAAGGUCGUGGGGGGCAUCGGAGACAUGUUUCACAGCCUUCUCGGUUCCAAGUGGCCGUCACUGAAGGCGGGAGUCAACUUGCUGGCCGGCGUCUAGCUCGAUUAUCGCAAUAAACCAUUGCUACG